AUGGGUCGCAAGAACAAUAUCAAGAUUCAACAUGUAAGUGGUUUAUUUCAAAAAUUAGGGCAGACACGUAAAAGCUCUUCACAUACCUCGGCCAAAAUCGUGGGUUCCCAUAAUAAAAAAUUGUACGCUAACUUUUUACAGUACAAAAAUUUUGGAUUUUUCAGUUUUUGACCUCUGAUAACUGAAAUUCAGAUUAUUUCAAAAAUUGUACUCUGGCCAGCCACGGCUUGGCCGAGGUGUGGCUCUUCAAUUCAUAUUCAAAAUUUUACAGAAUCUCCGUCAAUCGAAAGAACACUCUCCGGAGAAUCGCAGAGUUCUCGAUGAUAUUGGCAAUGUUUCGCAACGAUCAGUCGAUAUGACAACUGUUGAAAUCGUGAGAAAUACGGCGUUGAGAGGUAUUUAGUUUUCUGAGUUUAUUCACAAUUCAAUAGGAUUAUUUCCAGAAACACCUGUUGAUAAGGUGAAUUAUCUUCUCGAUAUUUUGGAUCGCAAAAAUUCGGAGUUGCUGUGCUCGAGAAAACUCAUCGACUAUUUGAAAAAUUAG